UGUCCAAUCAGAGGCUUACGUUCCCUUUUGGUCAGUGCUGAUUGGUCAAGGCGGGCCAACACGCAGUACGGUUCGAUGGUUUCUGCCUUAAAUGUUCAGCGGUAAUGUAUUUGCAGCCUGACUUUACUGCUGCCAACGACCGCUAUGGAUCCCAAACAGAAACAGGAAGAGCAGGGCGACAUUUUCUCCGGUUUUCAAAAGCCAUUUAAGUCCUUUGCUACGGACGCCAUUCACGUCGGCCAGGAACCGGACCAAUGGAAGUCGAUGGCUGUAGUUCCUCCUAUUUCCCUCUCCACCACCUUUAAGCAGUUUGGACCUGGACAACACGCAGGAUAUGAGUACAGUCGCAGCGGAAACCCCACAAGAAACUGUCUGGAACAGGCGGUGGCAGCGCUGGACGGGGCCAAGUACUGCAUCGCCGUGGCCUCGGGGCUGGCAGCCACGGUCACCCUCACCCACCUGCUGAAAGCAGGCGACGGGAUCGUCAGCAUGGAUGACGUUUACGGAGGCACAAACCGUUAUUUCCAAAGAAUUGCCACAGAAUUUGGUUUGAAAGUUUCUUUUGCCGAUUGCACAAAACCAGAGCUUCUUAAAGCAGCUCUGAAACCAAACACCAAAAUGGUGUGGCUGGAGACGCCGACCAACCCCAUGAUGAAGGUGGUGGACAUCAAAGCCUGUUCUGAACUGGUGCAUGAGCACAACAAAGACAUAGUGGUGGUGGUGGACAACACCUUCAUGUCUGCCUAUUUCCAGCGCCCCCUGGCUGUAGGAGCUGAUGUUUGCAUGUACUCAGCGACCAAAUACAUGAACGGUCACAGUGAUGUGGUCAUGGGUUUGGUCUCAACCAAUCGGGAGGAUCUGUACGACCGACUCAAGUUCCUCCAAAACGCACUGGGUGGCGUGCCAUCGCCGUUUGACUGUUUCUUGGUGAACCGGGGACUAAAGACUCUUCAUGUGCGGAUGGAGCGGCACUUUAAGAACGCCCUGGCUGCUGCUAAGUUUCUGGAGGCCGACCCCAGGGUGGAGCGUGUCAUCUACCCAGGCCUGCCCUCACACCCCCAGUACGAGGUGGUGAAGAGACAGUGCACCGGGUGUCCAGGGAUGAUCACCUUCUACAUCAAGGGGAAGCUGGAACACGCCUCCACGUUCCUCCAGAACCUCAAAAUGUUCGCCAUAGCCGAGAGUCUUGGAGGUUAUGAAAGUUUAGCAGAACACCCAGCCAUUAUGACCCAUGCAUCAGUGCCAGAGAAGGAGCGGGCGGAGCUGGGUAUCAGUGACACGCUCAUUAGACUCUCUGUGGGUCUGGAAGACAAGGAGGACAUCAUUGAAGACCUGGACCAGGCACUUGGUGCAGCUCAUCCGAAGAAGAACUGAAAGGACCUUGUUGUCCUCACUGAGGAUCACAGAACCCCAGGAGACCUGAAGUCCUCAUCCAUCACAGAUCAUCACUGGCUGCACAUACACGCUUCUUUUAAAAUGACGUUUCUUUAUGACUUUUUUUUUUUUUUUUUUUUUUUUUACACUCACUUUUUUUACACAGUCUGAAAUCUGAGCCUAUUUAGUUGAACACAACACUGAUAUACUUGCUGGGAUUCAAGAAAGUGUCUCUCUUUUUGUAGGUUUUAUAGUCAUCUGCUGCCACCUAGUGAAAGUAUUUAAGUGAAAUUAGAUCAUUCUUUUGGUAUGUUUUUUUUUUUUAAAUAGAGAAAAUAAUGGAAUCUUUUUUAUGUUAUGAUUGUUUUGCAUGGUUUGGUUUUUUUAUGUUAUUUGAUUUAAAAUUGUCUGAAAUAAAGCUUCUUAAAAUGUA